UCGAGAGCCAACCCGCUCAAUCUCCGAUCUAUAAUCAGAGACGUAGAGAGAGAGAGUCCUCCGAUUUGAGCUUAAACAGUUAGCAGAGGGAGAAAGAGAGAGAGAGGGUAGAGAAAUUCAACAGAUCUUUGAUCGAAAGAGUGACGAAUAAGAACAGGAAAAUGCUUCCCACAACAUCAAAAGGGCGUACGCCCUCUCACGUUCGACCCAAUCCCGUCUUUCCUCAAUACCUUCGAAGAAUAAUCAAGUGGCAACAAAUGGAUAUUGAAUAUACUUUCUGGCAAAUGCUUCAUCUAUGCACUUCGCCUAAAGUUGUCUACCAGCACACAAAAUACCACAAGCAAACCAAGAAUCAAUGGGCGCGUGAUGAUCCAGCCUUUGUUGUAAUCUUCAGUCUUCUAUUAUCAGUUUCUACUAUGGCUUAUUGCGUUGCGUAUGAUCACAGUUUGGCACAUGCUGUUUUUGUAGUUAUUUCAGUAUUGCUCUUUCAUUUUUUAACAACUGGAUUCAUUCUAGCCACAUGUUGUUGGUUCCUGACAAAUACUUAUCUUCGAGAGGAAGCUCUGAACAGUCAUGUAGUGGAGCAAAGGGUUGAAUGGUUGUAUGCGUUUGAUGUGCACUGCAACUCUCUCUUCCCAAUGUUUGUGAUGCUUUAUGUGAUACAUUAUUUCCUAUCACCCCUGUUGGUAGCUCAUGGUUUCAUUCCUGUUUUGGUGUCAAAUUUGCUAUUUAUGGUGGCAUCGUCAUACUAUCAUUAUCUCAACUUUUUAGGUUAUGAUGUAUUGCCGUUCCUAGAAAGGACCACCUUUUUUCUGUAUCCAAUUGGUGUGGUCAUCGUUCUUUCACCUAUAUUGAUUCUGAGUGGCUUUAAUCCGUCAAGAUACUUCAUGAACAUCCACUUCAGUCGACGGUUAUGAUUCACGGUGGCUAACACACUGUCAAAUAGCACAUUAUAUGGGGAUGUAACUAGUUCAGACAAGCGAGAAUGUAGGAAAGGCUUUUCGGCUACAGGAUUGGUUCUCUUAUAUGCAUAGGGGAAGACAAAGAUCGAUUCACCAGCAUGGAAAAGCUACCGUAGGUAUUCUCUGCAGGCCUUUUACGUAACCAAGUGAAGUCAAGCCAUAAAGUGUUUUUUCCAUGUGAAAAGAAAAUCUGUUAAUUAUAAAUCUGUUGAAUGUAAUGAUUUUGCCCCAUAACAUUUUCCCUUUUCUUUUCUUUUCUUGUUGCAAUUUUUGUUGUUCUAAUCCCACAUUCAUUGAAGACUAAAAAAUUGACUGUACCUGUUGUAAGUUCUUAACUCAGAUCUGCCUUGAUGUAUAGGAAUUGUUAAAAUGGGUGUGGAUUGAGGAUAAGGUCUUAUCUCAUUUUUCAUUUCA